AUGGAUUUGGUCAUGGAUUAUAUCCAUCCAAAAAGUUGCUACCCAAAUCCAAUUAUCGAAGAAAACCCAGAAAAAAUAACAGAAAUUAAGCAAACAAAAAUGAGACAAUGUGAGAGAAAAUGGAACCUACCUGAAUUGAUUUCAGCUGCAGAAACUCAAAAACCUUGUACACAAACAGUUCGUGCGAAGGAACCAAACAAAUCUUUCAUCGCAGAGAGUGAGAGAUUGAAAGAUCUCUUUGUGACUUUCCGUGAUGAGCAGGCGAUGAGGGAUGCUAUUGAAGGGAUGAAUGGCCAAAGCCUCGACGGUCGUAAUAUUAUCCUCAAUAAAGCACAUAAUAGAGGAAGCAGUGGUGGAGGUGCUUGCCAUAGUGGUGCCUGCGGCGGAUACGGUGGUGGUGGCUACAGUGGAGGUCGACGUGAUGGUGGUGGUGGUAGGUACAGCCGCGGUGGUGGCUGUGGAUACAGUCGCGGAGGUGGUUGUGGAUACUGUCACUGUGGUGACUGUGGUGGUUAUGGAGACGGUGGAUCUCGUUACUCGGGUGGCGGUUCCUCCGAUGGCAAUGGGAGGAACUAG